AUACCGCAUACCUUCCAGCAGCUCGAUACCACUAGAAGCUCCAGUAGAGAUGACGAAACCCACCGAGAAGCGGAUCUACCUCACUAGACACGCCGAGGCCGAACAUAAUGUCGCGGAAGACUACAGUAUCCCCGACGCCAAACUCACCCCGCGCGGCCGCUCGCAAGCCGCCGCGCUGAACGAGGCGACGAAAGACACAGUGCAGGCCACCGCAGAGCUGCUCGUCGCGAGCGGCCUCCGCCGCACGAUGUCCACCGCGCUCGACGGCUACCCCGCGCUCCGCGCCCGUCUGGACGCCGCCGGAAAGCCCCUCGUCGUCCUCCCUCAGCUGCAGGAGGUCAACGCGCUCCCGUGCGACACCGGCUCCGACCGCGCAACCCUCGAAGCCGACCCCGAAUACGCCCCCCUCGACCUCUCCGCGCUCACGCCCGACUGGAACUCCAAGCAGGGCUUCUACGCCGCCUCCGAGGACGCGAUCCGCGCGCGCGCGCGCUGGGUGCGCCGGUGGCUGCGCGCGCGCCCCGAGGCGCGCAUCGCCGUCGUCUCGCAUGGGGACUUCCUGCGCUACCUCACCGCGGGCCGCAACACGCACGCGCCGUGGGCGAACGUCGAGGUGCGCGAGGUGUCGUUCGCGACGGAUGAGGAGGACGAGGACGCGUGGUUCGUGCCGGUGAAGCAGGUCGCGAAGGAGGGCGAGGCGGAGCCGACGUCGUCCGAGACUGCUGCCUGAGCGCAGGAGGGACGGCGGAAGAGCAUAAGAGCACAAGGAAGUAGAGUCACAGUGAGAGCAAGAGCACUGUCAUAAGUAUUAGACGAAUGUAGCGAGUUCGGAAACCGCACCGCC